CAUCUCCAUUUUCCUUCGAUCUUGGCGAGCGCUUUUCUUGUUUGCGUUUGUAGGAACAACAGAAGAAGGCUGAACACUCAGGCAGGGCUGAGACUGUUUGGGCUGAAUUGGCCUGAAUCAAAACACAAAGUCACGUUAUGAGUGAUAGUGGAAAUAGAGGGAUUGGAUUAGUAUUUAUUUCAAAUAUAUGGUCAUGCCGGUCAUUCAAUUGGAGUUGGCGGGUGUGGAUGCCCAAGAGCGAGAUAAAUUCGAUGGCGGCCAUGAGAUGGGAUCGAAUCAACAACUGGUUUCACCCGGUGAUCUCAUCACAACAGAUGUGGGCUUCAUGCGCGGUCACGGCACCUACACGAAAGAAGACGGUUUGUACGCCUCCUUGGCGGGUGUGGUGCAACGCGUCAACAAACUCAUCUCGGUCACACCCCUCAAGACCAAAUACCAGGGCGAAAUCGGAGACGUGGUCGUGGGUCGCAUCACCGAGGUCCAACAAAAGCGUUGGAAGGUGAACACCAACAGUCGUCUGGACUCCGUGCUUCUCUUGUCCUCGGUCAAUCUACCCGGAGGUGAGCUUCGGCGACGAUCCGCCGAGGACGAGCUGUCUAUGCGCAAGUAUCUUCAAGAGGGUGAUCUGAUCAGUGCCGAGGUCCAGAAUGUCUAUCACGACGGAUCGUUAUCCUUGCACACGCGAUCCCUCAAGUACGGUAAAUUGUCCCAGGGGACCUUGAUCAAGGUCUCGCCCAGUCUGAUCAAACGGAGGAAAACGCAUUUCCACAAGCUGCCUUGCGGCGUGAGUGUGAUCCUGGGGAACAAUGGCUUCGUAUGGGUCUCACCCACGGAGCACGAGGAAGAGGGCGGGGGUAGCGGGGGGUUCUCGCAGAACUUGAGCCAGGUCCCAACGACCGAUCGCACGGGGAUUGCCCGGGUACGAAAUUGCAUACUGGCCCUGGCCCAGAAUGGCGUGAUGUUGUGGGACACGACCCUGGCCAACGCUUAUGACGCGUGUUUGAAAUACCCAUUGACGGACCUGCUCAAAAGCGAUGUCAUGAGGGAGAUUGCCUUUGUCACGCGACAAAACUUGGAGCAUCAAUGAAUGAAAAAAUAAAUGAAUAAAUUCAAACAGUUCCACUCA